AUGCCUCACCUAACAGCACCAACAAUGAUUCCCAACCACGCACGCCUUUUGAGUUUUGGCAAAGUUUUUCACACCAUGCUCGUCAUGUUCAAGCUCGCAAAGAAGUCGUUUAUGAAGACAAAGCAGCAAAAGAUGCAGCUCAGCGCCUACGUCAAGAACGCAUCUUUAUUCGGUCCCAUGGAAUCUGAUAGUGCAGUUUUCGAUAUCGCUCAAAGCUCUGGUAUCUCUACCUCUGAAUUUUUUGGAGCACUCACUCGUCAGCAUCCAAAGGCUCUGGGCUGGGUGCCUAGCAAAUUUCGGUCUUCUUGUGUUAUCGUUUCUUUUGAAGAUGCAAGCUCAGGAUUUAGCAUGUGCUGA